GCUUUUGCUAAACUCUCUCCUAAUGUUGUAUACUGUAAUUAAUGGUUCGUUAGAAGCUAAAUCUGAAGGAAAAAAAUCAAUAAUUAGAGAGGGUGAUGAUUUUGGAAAAUUAUCAAUUUUGAAUAAUGAAUUCAAAAAUGGGAAUCAACAAAAAAAUAAUUUAAGACAAACAACGGUUUUAACUUCACAAAAUGACUGUCAAUUAUUAAAAAUAAAUUCUUUUGAUUUUAAACAAUUAAUUUCUGAAAUUGAGUCAAAAACAAUUAGAUUAAAACAAGAAAUACAGGAUUUUAAUGAAGAUUUUCUGAUUUUACAGAAAGAUUCUGAAAAUUUGUAA